AUUAUAUUUCACACACGAAUGGUCGAUGAUUUGGAUCAACUCAUUACAGAAACGUCUGAUGUGUCGCUCUUCUGUUUUUUCAGCAAAUUAUUUGACGAUCAGUUUCAUAUGUGUCUCGAAUUUCCGGCCCAAACCCGAUAUAUCGUUGCAUUCCCUCUAAUUUGCAGUCAUUUCAUGAACUGCACGCACGAACUCUGUCCCGAAGAACGCCAUCAUAUCGGCGAUCGUUCCUUAACAAUGGUUAACGGAUUCUUGGAUGAGAUGUCCAAAGAAGCGAAGAAUAUAAUUACAACCAUUUGUGACGAACAAUGUCUUCUCUCUGAUAAGCUGUUGCCCAAACAUGUGGUCCCAUAUUUGGCGCAGAUUUUGUCCAAAAAGAAGAGCAAUAAAAAGAGUAAUAAAGGUUUUCAAGAAGAGGAUAAACCGGGAUCUGAGAGCUAUCGCAGGAGUAGAGAGGAACUGACAACUAUGGAUAAACUGCAUAUGGCUUUGACUGAACUGUGUUUUGCGAUCAACUAUUGCGGAACAAUCCUUGUUUGGGACCACACUUUCGCUCCGAGAGAAUACUUAACCCAACACUUGGAAACUCGUUUCAAUAAAGCGUUGGUAGGAAUGGUUAUGUAUAACCCGGAGACUAAUGAAAUCGCAAAGCCCUCUGAGCUAUUAGUGUCCGUACGAUCCUAUAUGAAUGUAUUGCAGAGCAUCGAAAACUAUGGUAAUAUUAGUGUCACAAAGUGUGCAAAUAUAGUAUGUUAUGGUUUA